AUGGAACAGAUUGGAGUGGCUUCUGGAGGUCAUCCUAACCUCAAUCUAUCUACCGAAGAGAAACGAGUGUACACUACCCUGCUGAAAGAAGCUGAUCCUGAUGGCUUUGGUGCUGUGUCUGGCGAUGUUGCUGUCAAAUUCUUCGAGCGGACCAAGUUACCGCCUGAGAUCCUUGGACAAAUAUGGCAAAUCGCGGACACUGAAAACCGAGGCUUUCUCACACCUGCUGGUUUCGGGGUCGUUCUGAGAUUGAUCGCGCACGCGCAAGCUGGCAGGCAGCCGAGCAUGGCAGUCGCAUCGCAAAUUGCGCCUCUACCCAAAUUCGAUCCUAUACCAGGACAAGUACCUCCUCCCGCCCAGCCGAUCCCUCCACCGAUCCAACCAAUUACCCAACAGAAUACGAGCACACCAUCAAGCCCUACCUCCGGUCCUCCCCCAGUCCGCGUUCCUGCUCUCAGUCCAGAGAAAGUUGCCGAGUAUUCAGGCCUGUUCGAAAAGUCGGGUGCCGAAAAUGGCAUGCUCUCAGGUUUUGUUGCUAAGCAGAUUUUUGAAAGAGCUCGGUUACCGAACGACGUUCUGGGCAGGAUUUGGGGUUUGGCAGACACUCAGGGGCGAGGAGCUUUGGAUGUUUCGGAGUUUGUGAUAGCUAUGCAUCUGCUGGCUAGCUACAAGAGUGGUGCCAUGCGUGGCGUACCCAAUACACUACCACCAGGUCUUCUGGACGCGGCUUCUCGGAGAGCUCCUUCUCGUCUUAGUGGAGGAUUGCCACCAGGUCGUCCAACAUCUAGCGCUGGACCACCAUUAUCGCAGCCUCAGUAUGCAGUUACUCAGUCUGGCAUCAGACCACAGAGUCCUAUGGUGAACAGACAAAUGGCUGGAACACCUCUGUCAGCCCAGUCCACAGGAGAGCCGUGGCUGAUCAACGCAGCCGAUAAAACGCGUUUUGACAGCAUCUUCGCGACUGUCGACACCGCAAACCAAGGUUUUGUCUCCGGAGAACAAGCUGUUGGCUUCUUUGGCAAUGCUCGGUUACCCGAAGAAGUUCUUGCUCAAAUUUGGGAUUUGGCUGACAUCAAUUCUGACGGAGUUCUCAACCGUGACGAGUUUGCAGUUGCCAUGUAUCUCAUACGGCAGCACAGAGGUUCCAGAGACGGUCGUGUACCCAAUGUCCUGCCUGCCGGUCUUGUUCCUCCUAGUAUGCGAAGACAGCAGCAACCAAGUGUCCCAGCAAACAUACCAGUUUUCGACGAGGCUCCAGUGACGAAACCACGAUCGGCAGCCGAUGACUUGUUCGGUCUUGACGUUUCUGAGCAGCCUCCUCCGCAGCAGCCUCCUGCUCAACAGUUUCCUCAGUCGACUGGAAGUACUGACGCUGGUCCUUUCGCCAAUUCGGCUUCUGCGCCGCCACCUACAACUUCUCCUCCACCAUCUACACUAUUCAAGCCUUUCGUGCCGAGCAGUAACUUUGGCCAAGGUCUUGUACCUCAAGCAACUGGAGCAGCUGCACAAUCGCAAACGAAAGAAGCCAGUUUGAUGGACGACGAAGACGAUGUCGCACCUGCCAAAAUAAACAACGAGGCUGCAGAACUCGGCAAUCUCUCGAAUCAGGUCGGUAACCUGUCCAAGCAGAUGCAAGACGUUUCAGCUCAGAGAGUUCAAGCAGAACAGCAAUUGUCACAGACCAACCAGCAGAAGCAAGUCUUCCAGCAAAGGCUGGCGCAGCUCAGAGCGGCUUAUGACCAAGAGGUCACUCAUGUGAAGAGCCUGAAAGAUCAGCUUGCGGCUUCUCAGGCGGAAACCAAAAAGGUGCAGCAGGAAAUGGCAAUGAUUGAAGGCACUCACGCCGAUCUGCAGACUCAGCACCAACAACUUGCUUCAGCACUGGCGGCUGACCAACAGGAGAAUGCGACCUUGAAGGAGAAGAUCCGACAAACUAACACUGAAAACGAGCAGCUUAAACCACAGCUGGAGAAACUCAAAUCCGAUGCUCGUCAGCAGAAGGGUCUAGUCGCCAUCAACAAAAAGCAGCUAGCAACCAACGAGGCUGAAAGAGAACGUAUGAAGGCUGAAAUGGCCGCUGCUCAACAAGAGCUUGAAGCACACAGACGUGAGACAGAAGAAACGGCGCGACAACUGGAACAGAGUCAAAGAGAGCUCGAACAAGCCAGGCAACAACCACUACCUACUCCUGUUACACGUGAACUGAGUCCUCCUCCUCAAGUUGCUAGCCCUACUCCAAGUAUGAGCUCGAACCCUUUCUUUAGAAACCAGGAUUCAGGCGCGGUAUUCUCACCACCAAUGGGAAGUGCGAUUAGCAGUCCUGUGCCUCAGCAGGAGCAUGAUAGAAACAGUGCUUUUGACGCUAUCUUCGGUCCCUCGCUAGGCUCAUCAGCACCCGCACCAACAACUUCCUUCGGUAGAGAAGCACCACAAUUUGAUGAGUCUGACGGAAUGCAAACACCAAGCAUUGUCGAACCACCAGCUCCUCGCACAGCUGAUCAGUUGGAGUCUUCCGACCUACCAAUGCGCAGACCCUUACUGAGGGAGGAAUCCGUCAGCUCUAGUGUCAAAGUUGCCGCGCCUGUGAGCAGGAACAGUCCAGCCCAGACACCACGUGCCCUGACACCUGAUACGUCUACAGCAAGUCCAUCCAGUCACCGUGCAGAUGACCCAUUUACAUCCUCCGCCGUCGAUGAAGAGCAGGAAUCCGUCCGCCAAACAUUGCCUAGAGGUGACACAGCACAAAAGCUGGAAACUUUGCCAGGCGCAUUCCCAGGAUCGAGGUCAGAAACCCCUGCGCCGAGUAACAUAAAUCCUGCAGCUAUUGCUAUUGGGGCUGGCGCUGCCACAAUUGCCGCUGGUGCAGGUAUCGCUGCAGCAGUAGACAACGAACAAAAACAAGCAGAACCGGCGGCUGAUCCUAAAGAUAACUUUGAUGAUUUCUUUGGUGGUCCGGGCCACAAAAAAACGUUAUCCGAGCAGCACGCGGACUUUGAUUCCGCCUUCGCUAGUAUGGACAACAGCCGGCAAGCUCCUAAUGGUCGUGCGGAGACAUCGCACCACGAGUUUCCCGCUAUUCAGGAACUUGAGCCUGAUGAUGAGAGCAGUGAUGAUGAUUCCGAACCAAGAGGUUUCGAUGAUAACUUUGCUUCGCCCAAGUCGAAUGUAGUUGCCGGUAAACAACCAGAAUUAGCACCAGGGCCGGCACUUGCGCCACCACCAAUGGUCACGCAAGCUUCGUCAGCUUCACUACCAGGUUUCACUUCACAGCAACCUCCUCCGGACUACAAAGACGCUGUACCGCAAGAUAAUACAAGUCACUUCCCAAUGGAGUAUAAGAACCUUCUUCCGGCCCGAGAGGAUCCGACCUCACCCCCUCCCACAGCAGGUGGCUCAGCUCACCCUGGACCUAACCCUGCAGGUGCACCUCCAGCAUACGGGCCAGAGAUAGGCAGUCCAUCGGGGACAUCUAGGAAGACUUCUCAAGUAGAAGCAACAGCACCUCCACCAACAAAGGCUGCUCCAUUCGACUUUGACAGUGCAUUCGAGAAUAUGGGUCAAGCACCUGUGGCUGACGAGUCAGAUAGCGACUACGAUGAUACAACACCACCCGCUCAUCAGCGUUCACAAGCGACAUUUGAUCCUAGCUUCGAUUCACCAGCAUUAUCUACCGGAACAAUAGAUACGACACCGGCACCGUACUCGGCACAUAACGCCGUCACCAUGCAUGAUGCCGUGACGAGUCCUACUUCAGCUGUCUCAAAUGGUACUACUACAACCUCUCCUACCUAUGCAGCUCACGCAAGCUUCAGAGACUUCGAUGAGUACAACGGUAAUCCAUUUCCUCCUUCUAGAACUGGCACGCAGCAAACCAUGCCUCCAGUCUCGGCGACGUCUAACAACGCCGUGUCUCAUGAUUGGGACGAGCUCUUUAGACCUUUGAAUCAGAAUGCGCAGGCAGGUGCACAGGCGCCACCUACCAUAGUCCGAAGUGCGAGUCCAGAAGAGCCAUUAACCCAAACGGUCUCGCCUCCACGCCCUACAGAGAUUGCUCCAGGUCAAAGAGCUCUCACCACAGACGAGGAAGUAAGAGACCUCACACCUCCACAAUCUACAACAAUCAUUCCUCAGACUUCAAUCACGCCAUCUUCUCCUAUUGCAACUGCGAACCCUGCUCCAUCUGUGCCAGCACGACCACAACCUGGAAGAGCUUUAUCGGCGGGUACAGAGCACGAUGAUCCCAUACUGAAGCGCUUGACCGCUAUGGGCUGGUCACGAGAAGCUUCGCUUGACGCACUGGAAAAGUUUGACUAUAAUAUCGACAAGGCUGCUGAUUACCUAACCUUCAGCUCUUGA